AUGAAGUACCUCCCAGUCCAAGAAUUCGAGGCCGUAACUGGCGCUCUCAACUUCAAUACCCCUGAUUGCAACGUCACGGGCGGAUGCGAUCUCUACACAACGAAAUCCACCGGGUCCGACAAGAAACUAUACAAGAAUAUCGACAAAGAUCUCAGUUCCCAGCAUGCCGCGCUGCUCAAGCUAGGCGCCAGCCUGUCACCGCCCGACCGGGAACACAUGCUCGCAACGUCGCGCAGCAUGCAGUUAUUCUCGCACUCAAGCGCAUUCGGCCCUCUGUCUGAGCUUGCCAGCCGACGAACAUUUGCCUAUCUGAUUGCAACGCUUAAUGCAAGCCACCCUCACUACGACUUUUCUCAUGUCUUGCGGCCCGGCGAUUUCAAGCGUGAGAGGAACUUGAAGCGUGUCAUGGCCAACUUGGAUUCAAUCUUGCAAAACGUACGACCUGGCUUUGAAGGCUCAUCGUACGACUCAUCCGCCGGCAGCGACUUGAAUGCCCAGUGGGGUCCACAGUGCUGGUCCUUGAUUAACAAAGAGAUGCGUCUUAAUGAGUGCACCAUCUUUAGCUAUCACCCAGAAGUCGACCCUUUUGAAGAAGACGAAAGCGCCAUUUGGGCGGUUCACUACUUCUUUUUCAACAGAAUGCUCAAGAGAGUCGCUUACCUCUAUGUCCGUGUUGUCCCGGUCAUUUCCUCACAGAGCCCAACCUUGAGACCGGCCAAGGGCGGUUUACACAAGCGACAUACCGCGGUCGAGUCAGAUGGCGCAAAGAAACGGACAAAGUACUGGCUUGGUGACCAAGACGCCGAGUUAGUACCACCAUUUGAGGACGAUGAAGAGCCGUUGGAUGACGGCCUCUACUGGAACAGAGGGGAGGAUGGCGACAUCGUACAGUUCUCAGACGAUGACCUUGCUGAAGAUGAACCACUAGACGAGGAUGACGACUACGACGAAGAUGACGACAUGACAAGUACAAGGCGGGAGAGGCUUAUGAGCGAGGAUAUUGCCGGGCGAAUGGAGAUUUAA